GUCUCCAUGUUGUGUUUCUGGACGCGUGGAAUCAGACGCGUUGAAUGAGCGACGCGCCGCGGAUCAUCACUGAAUGCAAACGCUGACGCGGCGAUGGGCUCAGAAUCUCUCCACGACUGUCUGCGCGGACGGUGUCUGGGUGUCCUCAGACGGAUGGAGGUCAGCGGCCGCUUCCGCUAUUACUUCCAGCACCCCUGGUCUCGUCUGGUGGUGGCCUACCUGGUCACCUUCUUCAACUUCCUGAUCUUCGCCGAGGACCCGGUGUCGCACAGCCAGACGCAAGCGCACAUGAUCGUGGUGGGAAACUGCUUCUCGUUCGUGGUGAAUAAAUAUCCCGGAGGAGGAUGGGACGUCCUCAAGGUCCUGAUGUGGAUCCUCGCCAUCAUCACGGGCCUCAUUGCCGGCAAGUUCCUGUUCCAUCGACGCUUGUUCGGUCGUCUCCUGCGUCUGAAGAUGUUUCGUGAGGACCACGGCUCUUGGAUGACCAUGUUUUUCAGCACGAUUCUCUCGCUCUUCAUCUUCUCUCACAUCUAUAACCUCAUUCUGCUCAUGAGUGGACGGAUGAGGCCUCACAUGGUGACGGAGUACAUGGGCAUCAGGAACGAGAGCUUCAUGAAGAUGGCUGCUGUAGGAACGUGGAUGGGAGACUUUGUGACGGCGUGGAUGGUAACAGACAUGAUGCUGCAGGACACUCAUUAUCCGGACUGGGGCCGGAGCGCCAGAAACUUGUGGAGACGGGGGCACAACCGCAUUGUUUUGUUCUGGACGGUGCUGUUCUCUCUGACCUCUGUGGUGGUUCUGGUCAUCAGUACGGACUGGAUCAGGUGGGAUAACCUGAACCGCGGCUUCUUGCCGAGCGACGAGGUCUCCAGAGCGUUCCUGGCCUCCUUCAUCCUGGUCUUUGACCUACUCAUCAUCAUGCAGGACUGGGAGUUUCCUCACUUCAUGGGCGAUCUGGACAUGAACCUCCCGGGUCUUUCCACCACGCAGCUGAAGAUCAAACUGCCCGUCUGCAAGCGCAUCUUUAAGGAUGAGUACCACAUCCACAUCACGGGGAAAUGGUUUAAUUACGGAAUCAUCUUCCUGGUCCUCAUCCUGGACCUCAACAUGUGGAAGAACCAGAUCUUCUACAAGCCCUAUGAAUACGGUCAAUACGUAGGUCCAGGAGAGAAGAUCUACACUGUGGAGGAUCCAGAGACGCUGCGCGACUUCAACCGCAGCACGCUGACCUGGGAGUGGCGCUCCACCAACAUCGACCCGCGCACCAACCAGACGUACGUCCAGAGAGACAUGUUCCUUCACAGCCGCUACGUGGGCGCCAGUCUGGAUGUCAAAUGCCUGGCGUUCAUCCCGAGUCUGGCGGCCUUCGUGCUCUGCGGGUUCUUCAUCUGGCUGUUCGGACGCUUCCAAGACAGCGAGACGUUCCCUGAGAAUCAAGACAAGAGCUACGAGCGCAUCAAGCGCAAGUCGCCGUCUGAUCUGGGAGUCACGCCGGAGGAAGUGCACAUCACCAUGAGCGAGGCCUUGAAGAGGAGCGGGACACCCAUGCUGCUUCUGGUGGACACUCAUCAUUUCGGGUCGUCAAACAACUCCAUGUCGCCGUGUUCGAACGAAACCCAAGAGACCCAACCCAGUGUAGCCGUUGACAGCGACGCCCAUGAGGACACAGCUGAUGUCAAAAAACUGACCCCAUGACCGUAACCAAAGGUCAAAUCGGCUUUCUGAGAUCCUUAGCGUUGUUUGAUGUCCAACAGACUUCCAAAGUCGAUUGCCGUUCAAAGUCCUCGGAAAACUAUCACAGACUCUAUCUUUGAAAUUUGUAUUUUUAUAUCAAGCGAUCUUGCACUGCGCACCAACUUUCUGAACUUUUUCCACAUUUUCAAGGACAUUGGUCAAUGAUGCUGGAUGUUUGACUUUUCUAUCUCUUUUUUUAUGUAGAUACUCUUGUGCCUACAUGGAUGAAAUGUUGUCCUCACAGUGAACGCAUGGCAUGAUGGUCAUGAAAAUACUUGUAAUGAACACCUAAAUCUGUGCCUUCAUUA